CUGAAGCCAGUUGCUGCUGUUGUGUUAUCGCUGCGUCUAUUUCAGACAGCUGACAUUUAUUAUGCUGAUUGUUUUUGUUCAAGCUGAAAAACUCUGACGCACACACACACACACGCACGCACGCACACACGCACGCACGCACGCACGCACGCACACACGCACGCACGCACGCACACACACACACACACACACACACACACAGACACACAGUUGAGUGACAGGCCAGCAGUCCGUGUCCAGCUCUGUCUUUCAGUGUUGUGCUCCUCUGAGCAUUUAUGGUCACUGAGGAAGACAGCCUGACUGACUUCAUCACAACCCUGAUGUCUUUAUUUUCUCACCUCACGCUGUUGUAAACACAUAUGAGUGUCUGUGUUUAGCGGAAUGUCAGAGCUGAUCUCAGAUGAUAUAAUGAUCAAUGCUGUCGAGCUGAAAUAAUGACAAAACCGCAUCAUAAAACACUAUUGGGUCUCGAUAGAGCACACGAGUCUUAUAGACUUUAAAGAUGAUUUGGGGGAUUUCAGUGUUGUUUGGUUAUCGACAUUCUUCAAAAUAUCUUCUUUUGUUUUCUGAAGAAGAAAGAAAAUCAUACAGGUUUGCCAUGACCCGAGAGUGAAUAAAUGAUGUCAGAAUUUAGCGUUUAGGUUGAACUGUUCUCUUCAUAUGCAUGAUCGUCUUAGAAAUUCUAUUAAGAUUCAGUGAAGUGUGUGAGUUCAGAAAUAAAACCACACGCACUCAUUUCUUUGAUUUCUUACUAUAGUUUUCCGUUGAGUUAUUUCUGCCUGAUGGCAGUGUCUGUGUAAGAGAUGUUCAGAUGAAUGAUUGUAAUGUGAGCAGGUUCUGGAUCAGCUGUAGUUUCAUCUCUUUAAGUCAGAUUGAUGUUCUCCUCCUCCUCGCUGCUGUUCUUUCAUUAGCUGAUUGAAGUGAUCUGAAGCCGUGACCUUGUGUUUGCCCUGCUAAUGGAGCGUCUGACGCUGAGACGGCUGGACACAAGCCCAGAUGAUAUUAUUAUAUUACCUCCGUCUUAUUUGAAUUCAGCGGUGUCUCUUUUACAACAGACACACGAGGACGACCGGCUCAAGAACGCUGCACCUUAUAAGUACAGCAAAAGAUGAUGUGUGUUUCAUUUAAAUAGAGAAGGAUUAGAAAAUCCUUCUGGAUUUAUCAUUUGAUCAGGCUGACACAUAUUCAAAAUUUCAAGUAAAGUUGUUUAUUAAUAGUUUGCUCCAAACGUUGACAUUAUUAACUUUUAGAAGAUAAAAGCAUGCAAACGAUCAGCCUCUCACUUCCACCAAUGCAGAUCAAGAGUUUUUAUGACAUCAUUCUGUACUUUAGCUUCUCCUCAGAAUCCAAGCUGUGACAUUCAUUCAUGUAAAUUUUCUUCUCUGUUUUUCUAAAACCAAUGGUAAACUAUUUGAAUAUGAGAUCAGGAUCUGUUCAAAAAAAGCUGUACGAACUGUCCGAAUUUGUUCUAAAUUUUCUCUUUUCCUUUUUUAUGUUUUAUUUCAUUUUAAAAUGUUUUUGUUAUGGUUAUUGUUGUUUUUAUUAUCUUAAACUGAUGCAUGGGUCUGUGUAUGACAUUUUUUUUGUAUGUUACUAUGUUUCUGUUCUCCAGGCUGUGAUGAAAACUAAUCUCUAUUUUAAAAGGAGCCACUCCCGCUUCAGGUUUGGUGUGUUUGAGAUUUUAAGUAAUCCGAUGAGAGAUCACACUGGUAAACUGGACAGCACUCGUGGUUUAGUGUGUGGUUUAGGUGCCGGUGUCAUGGAGGCGGUUCUGGUCGUGUGUCCCAUGGAGACUAUAAAGGUGAAAUUCAUCCAUGAUCAAACAUCAGCCAAUCCUAAAUACAGAGGCUUUUACCAUGGAGUGCGAGAGAUCAUCAGAACUCAAGGUAUCAGAGGGACGUAUCAGGGUCUCACAGCGACGGUCCUCAAACAAGGAUCCAAUCAAGCCAUUCGAUUCUUUGUCAUGACGUCACUCAGGAACUGGUACAAAGGUGAUAAUCCCAACAAGACCAUCAACCCCAUCCUGACGGGUGUGUUCGGUGCGCUCGCUGGAGCAACGAGUGUGUUUGGAAACACUCCUCUCGAUGUGAUCAAGACAAGAAUGCAGGGUUUGGAAGCUCAUAAAUACAAAAACACUUUGGACUGUGCUGUUCAGAUCAUGAGACACGAGGGGCCCACCGCGUUCUAUAAGGGCACGGUUCCUCGUCUGGGCAGAGUGUGUCUGGAUGUGGCCAUCGUCUUUAUCAUCUAUGAGGAGGUGGUGAAGGUUCUGAACAGGGUCUGGAAAACAGAGUCAUAAAAUCAGGGCAAAGUCGGGAGAUCAUUUGAGACACAAUCACUGUGUGAAGUUUCUGUAGGCAGGUCUCGGCGCAUCACACAACAUUCUGUUCUUAACCCACUUCUGCUUUAAAAUCCGUCAUUUAAAGCCAAGAAAUGAUAUUUUGCUUAAAGAACAGGGAUUCUGUUGGUUGGAGGCUGAAGAUAUGAGUCUGAAACUAAAUUCAACCCCGAAUUCAGUGAUUUAGUCGAGAAAUGUUCUUAAAACAUUACAAAUGCAUUUUCUUGAUGCAAAAUAUGAUGAAGUAUUAUACUUUUUUUGCAUUUUGACUUCAGGGUGAUCUUAAUGUUUUUCAUGUGCCAAAUUUAACAGAUGUAGUGUUCUUAGAUAUCAUAACAACUAGAUUUAAGACUUCAAAAUUUGCCCCCAUUGACUUUCAUGCAUUUACAAGCAUACAGUAUGUACAUAUGCAAGGAUAUUAAUAUAUUUAAUAUGAAAAUGGACAUAUAAGUGGUGAAAUAAUAAAUCUGUGGGGAUAUGAAUAUUAACAGCUAUAUUGACAUUUUACGUAUAAAAGGAAUUUUAGCCUAAACAUCAUUCCAUCUCAUAAUGAUAAUGUUAAAUAUUUGUCUGUCUAGCUGUAGAUGAAUAAACAAAAUGGUUCACUAUAUUUGUAGCCAUUGACAUUUCUACUCAAAGAGCUUUUGUUAUCUAAUGCCAAUAUUUUUCCAUUUCUAAAACUUUUUUAUGAAUUAGUUUGAAUAUGUUUCCUGUUAUGUUGCACAUGUGCCUUUUACCAUUAGAGUUAACCGUUGGAGUUUAAAUAGAGUUAUUUUUCAGAAACAUAAAUGUACAUUUUUAACAAUUUAUUUUGUCAGUCUUAUCUUUGUUUUGAAGCAUCGUCUGUAUAGACUGAUCUCGGUCCUGCUGUAUCUGUCCAUGUGCAAUAGAAUGUUAAUUGAUCCAUAACUAGAAUAUGGAUGUAGUGAAUGUAGCUGCUGUCUGGACAUGAAAUCUAACCGUAAAUGUCAUUUUAUGAUGUUUCAGGAUGUCAGUUAUGCAGAUUAUACUCUGAUGUUGUUUUGUGAAUAAAGACAAACUGUUAACAUCCUUCUAUAGUGACCACAGUGAAUAUUUACACACG